CUUCCUCCAUAGUGGAGUGAGUGUGGAGUCCUGAGUUCUCGAUCUCCAGCUCAGCUUGGGCGCUCGCGAGUCACAGCUCCUCCUCCCUCUGUCCGAAGUGAUCCCUUACGUUGAGAUUUUUAGCUGCGGAUCAUUGCUAUUCAUCUUACUGACGUCGCCGGAAGUCCCGUACCCCGGAGGAAGAGGAGCUCGAAAUGUCGGUACAGGAGUACUUGGACAAGCAUAUGCUCUCUCGCAAGAUCGAAGAUGCUGUUAAUGCCGCCGUCAGGGCCAAGACUCCCGAUCCCGUCCUCUUCAUCUCUAAUCAUAUGCGGAAAGCGGUUUCCUCUGUAAUAAGAAAGAUAAAAGCGAGGCAAAUUCUUGACAGCAGAGGCAUCCCUACGGUGGAGGUGGACCUCUACACUAACAAAGGAAUGUUUCGAGCCUCAGUUCCUAGCGGCGAUCCUUCUGGAAUGUAUGAAGCUGUUGAACUGCGUGAUGGGGACAAGGGGAUGUAUCUUGGAAAUAGCGUGAUGAAGGCCGUCAAGAAUAUAAACGACAGAAUAUCUGAAGCAUUGAUUGGGAUGGAUCCUACUCUUCAAUCUCAGAUUGAUCAGGCCAUGAUAGACCUUGACAAGACCGAAAAGAAGGGUGAACUCGGUGCUAAUGCAAUAUUGGCUGUUUCCAUUGCUGCCUGCAAAGCUGGAGCUGCUGAAAAGGAGGUUCCACUAUAUAAACAUAUUGCUGAUCUUGCUGGGAGAACCAACCUCACUCUUCCAGUCCCUGCCUUCAGUGUUAUUAGUGGAGGAAAACAUGCUGGCAACAACCUUGCUAUUCAGGAAAUCAUGAUUCUACCGGUUGGAGCAAGCAAAUUUGAGGAGGCAUUGCAAAUGGGAGCCGAAACCUAUCAUCACUUGAAGGAAGUUAUUUCAGAGAGACAUGGUUCACAUGGAUGUAAUGUUGGUGAAGAUGGUGGUUUCGCCCCAAACAUUUCGAGCUUUACAGAAGGCCUAAAUCUUGUUAAAGAGGCUAUUUCUAGAACAGGCUACAACGACAAAAUAAAGAUAGCACUCGAUGUUGCGGCAACUGAAUUUUGCAUAGGGACAAAAUAUGAUUUAGACCCCAAGUCUCCUAACAAGUCAGGCCAGAAUUUCAAAUCGGGGGACGAUAUGAUUGACAUGUACAAAGAACUCUGUUCCGAUUAUCCUAUUGAAUCAAUUGAAGAUCCCUUUGACAAGGAGGACUGGGAGCACACCAAAUAUUUUUCUAGUCUUGACAUCUGCCAGGUUGUGGGUGAUGACUUGCUGGUUUCCAAUCCAAAACGUGUUGAGAGAGCAAUUCAGGAGUCCACCUGCAAUGCUCUUGUACUCAAGUUGAAUCAGAUAGGGACCGUGACAGAGGCUAUAGACGUGGUGAAGCUGGCAAAGGAUGCGCGCUGGGGAGUAGUGACAUCACAUAGAUGUGGUGAGACUGUGGAUUCCUUCAUAGCUGAUCUUGCUGUCGGGCUUGCCACUGGCCAGAUUAAAGCAGGCGCUCCUUGUAGAGGAGAAAGGAUGGCCAAAUACAACCAGUUGCUGCGCAUUGAGGAAGAGCUUGGAGAUCAAGCCGUCUAUGCAGGUGAAGAUUGGAAGCUCUCUUGAUUGUUGCAAUAUGGGACUUUUGGCGGCUAUAUAAGAAUCUCUGGUAAUGUGGUCUUCAAUACACUGCUAGUUUUGCUUCUCUUGUUGCUCUCAGAUGUAUGUAAACCUACCGGUUUGAAAGUGUAUUUUAUUUGUAUUCUCUACCUCCACAGUUAGGAGAGAGAGAAUCUUCUUCAAAAAAAUCUGAGUUUGUUAGUAAUGAUACAGUGCAGAUUUUGGUGUGGAUUUGCUGACAAUUAGGAAACUAGUCUCAGUCUGCACAAGUUUGUCAAAAGUGAAGUGGACAGAUGAAGCUAUCAGCAGUUCUGACUCGAAAUCUUUCAAUUCUUUCA